AUGGAUAAAUUGCGUAUGAUGUUCCAGUUCCUUCAAUCCAAUCAGGAAUCAUUUAUGAAUGGGAUCUGUGGUAUCAUGGCCCUUGCUAGUGCACAGAUGUACUCUGCCUUUGAAUUCAGCUGCCCCUGUAUUCCAGAAUAUAACUACAGCUACGGGAUCGGGCUGUUGAUCAUCCCGCCCAUUUGGUUUUUCCUAUUAGGAUUUGUAUUGAACAAUAAUGUAUCCGUACUAGCAGAAGAGUGGAGAAGACCCACGGGAAAGAGGACGAAGGAUCCAUCAAUCCUUCGCUACAUGUUCUGUUCUAUUACACAAAGAUCUUUGAUAGCACCCGCAGUUUGGGUGUCAGUGACUCUCAUGGAUGGCAAGAGCUUUCUCUGCGCUUUUAGCAUCAAUUUGGAUAUUGACAAGUUUGGGAAUUAUAGUCUCAUCAAGGGGAUGUCUGAGACGGAGAAGAUGAAACUGUUGGCAAAGAUUCCAUGUAAAGACUUGUUCGAGCAUCAAGAUAUAAGAGUAGCGGCAUCCCGGUACAUCAAGUGUAUAUCACAGGCUUGUGGCUGGAUGUUUUUGCUCAUGAUGACCUUCACAGCCUUUCUGAUCCGUGCUAUUCGACCUUGCUUUACCCAAGCUGCUUUCCUCAAAACCAAAUACUGGUCUCAUUAUAUCGACAUUGAGCGCAAAAUGUUCGAUGAGACCUGUAAGGAGCACGCCAAGACCUUUGCAAAGGUCUGCAUCUAUCAGUAUUUUGAAAGCAUCAGCGGAGAGAUGCACAAUUUACAUCAUCACUCCAGCAAGGAUGGCAGCGACUAUGAAGAUGAUGAUAAGAGAAAGAAUGAUGAAGACAAGCUCCUGGGUAUAAGGGUCCAGGAUGACAUGAAUAAAGCUUUGUGGAACUGGCACACCUGCAAACCAGCCCUUGAACUGAGAAAAGAACAGGUAAAUGGUGAAAACAAAGACAUACUGCAUGAAGAGGCCAAUGGAGCAGUAAAUGGGUUUCAAAACGGACACACCCAUAAAGUCCAGAAAAAGGAAUGGGCGGUGUAUUACAGUAAAGUCUGA